UUGUGAUGCGAGUCUGGCAGAUGUUGACCGACCUGUGACAUCCGCGAGAUGGACACGACUUGUACACAGCCUCCCCCCCAGCAUUGAUUUGCAUCAAGCGAGCGGCGACCACGAAGACGGGACGGCAACAAGCAAACGAGAAUGAGGACGAGCCACAAAGCGCACGCGCGACCCAUCAGCAACAAGGCGGCGGCGGCGGCGGAGAGCGAGGAGCAGGGCGAUGCUGCGAGUGCUGCGAGCGCUGCGGGCGUGGAGCAGCCGCUUCAGCCUGCGCGAGCUCAAACCGCACGCAAGGCUGCCGUCGAGUGGCUCGCGGGCUCGGACGCGCCGUACUACUGCGACGCAUGCAUGGGCAACCAGGAGCACGCUGGCCAUGCAAAGUGCUCGGCGGACGACGCCCUCACCCUGCGAUGCGACCUGCAAGUCCAGCCGACCACUUCUCCCAAUGCUGCUGCUGCUGCUGCUGUUGCUACCCCCGCUUCGUCGUCGUCGUCCUCUUCUUCUUCUUCCUCCUCCAACGACAGCUGGUCGAAAUUGCAAGACGGAACAUCGCUGCUGUGCUUCGACCCGAGUGCCGGGACGCUGGUGCCGGGUCCCGCACUCGAAGCGGUCACUGCUGCCAUGACUGCGGGAGCUGCGGCGUCUGAGCAUCUGAGCACUGUCGGCUUGUUUGGCGAGGCGGGCUGCGGCAAGUCCCUCCUUUUGCGCAGACUGCUCCGUGAGAUGCGCACCAAGGCGGCCUCUGCAUCUGCUGCUGACGCCUCCUCGUCGUCGUCGUCGGACGCCCUUGCUGCUGCGGACGCCUCAGACGAAUCAUCGGGCAUCGCAACCGCCCUCCCACCUGCCGCCAAGCACGCAACCAUGUCCAUCCACACGUACUUGGGCCAAGUGGAUGCCAAGGACGCGUCCAGCACCACCCAAACUCCGCUGCUCUUUUUGGAUUGCGAGGGGCUCGGCGGCAAUGCUUCUCCCUCCCAGCUGGCCAGCGAGAACGCCGUCUCAGACCGCGCGUUUGCCAACAUUGCCGUGCCGCGCUUGCUCUUUGUCCUCGCCGACGUCAUUUGCUGUGUGGUGAACAAGCCUCGUUCGCAGGUGGAUGUCGCCGAGCUCAUUGCCGAGCACGCCAAGCUCGCCGCGAGCGGUAUCGCAAACCUGGCUUUCAAGCCAAACCUCUUGGUCAUUUUCAACAACCAGUCCGAGGAGCAGCUGAAGUUUGCCACAGAGCACAAGGGGGAGGAUGCUUUCGUCAACGGACGCGUCCAAGCCGAGCUGCAAGCCCUCUACAACCUGGUCGAAGCAGUCGACAUUCCCAGCUUCUCUCUGGACAAGAUUGCCGCAUUCCAGGCUGGCGUUGCCCACUUGGCCAAUCGUCUCGUGGCCAACGUGACAGAGGCGCGCGCGCGUCGCCAAGCCAGCAAGCAGACGCCCGUCAUCAACCGUGCGCGCUUUGCCUAUCGCGUCGAGCAAGUGAUUCGCCGGCUCGGCAGCAACCCCUGCGGCGCCUUGGACGUGGCUGAGAUUGACCAGUCCAACAAGGUCGACGACAACCUCCCCGACUUUAUCCUGGCGUACUUUGACCGCCUUCGUCAGGGACUGUUCGCCCUGCCGACCGCGCCCGCGGCGUCGACGUCCAAACGCUCCAGCAAGGCCGCUGCUGCCGCGACCCAGGCCAGUCCAGCCGACACCUUUGCCAGGGCGCUCAAGGUUCUUCUCGCGCGGCCGUUCACACUCCUCAGCGACGACCAUCACGAUCCGCGACAGGACGUCAACAUUUCCUCUCUGAGCGACAGCCCUAGCUUGACUGCCGCGCUGCAAAAGGCCGGAACCGUGCUGUUUGAUCGCAUGCCGUGCGGCCAUGUGUUUUCGACCGCCAGCGGGCCAACUCCCUGCACGGCCUUGCGGGGCUUGCACGGCGACUACCACUACUGCACCGUCACUCCGCCUGCUUCCAUGAUUGCCAAGUUUUUCAACGUGUCCAACCCUCCGCAAGCCCACGUGACGCAAGGCGCCUACAAGUGCCCGGACGGCCUUGCGUAUGUGUCGCCCCAGGUCCUUGUGAAUGCUGUUGCCGAAUUGAAGCCGCAAACCCUCCCGGCCGCCAAGUUCCAUCUCCAGCGCGUGCGAGAGAUGAAGCAAGCAAGCAGUCUUGGCGAGUACGUUGCCACCAGCGAGGUGACUGUGUGCUCGUGCUGUGUGGCGGCCGUGCCUGCCAAGCUCGAGUGCUCGCACUACUUUUGCGUCAACUGCAUCCAGCCUCGCGCAAAGUCCGCGUCGUCGACCCCUUCCACCUUCACGGCCCCGAAGACAUGCCCAAUGUGCGACAAGGUCACCAACUACCGCUGCAUGCAACUGCCCAAGCAGGCCGGCUACCGCAUCCUGUCCUUGGACGGCGGUGGCAUCCGCGGCGCCGUCUCUCUGAUCGUCCUUCACCACGUCGAGCAGCAACUGGGUCUUGUCCUGCACGAGCUCUUCGACCAGGUGACUGGCACCAGCACGGGCGGCAUGAUUGCCCUCGCGGUGGGUCUGCGUCGCGUGACUGCCGGCACUGGCUACACGCACUACAAGACGUUUGGCAAGACAGCAUUCAAGCGGGCGCUCGGUGGCUCCAUGCUGACGCAUCGCUACAGCACCGCUCCGCUGCACACGUUCUUUGAUGAGCUGUUUGCUGGCCACGCCAACCAGCCGCUCCUGGGCGCCGACAUUUGGCCCCGUGUUGCCGUCACCUCUUGCGCCAUGACACCCUACGGUUUGAAUGAAGUCUUGUUCCGAUCGUACACGCCGACCCCGGCCUCCCGCGCACGCUUCUCGACCGCGUUCAAUGUCGUGACCAAGAUCACGGUCAAAGAGGCGGCACUGGCGUCGUCCGCAGCCAUGAUCUACUUUGAGCCCUUCACUUGUCACGGAGAGACCUUUACGGACGGCGGCGUGAUUAACAACAACCCGACUUUUGUAUCGCUGGUCGAGGCCAAUGCAAACUGGUCGGAGCACGGCUGCGACAUUUUGGUGUCCAUGGGUACGGGCGCGUACGCCAACCCGCAAAAGAAAAUCUCGGAUUUUCUGACGUCCAACCUGGCCAUGACCAUCCAGGCGGCCAUGAGCCACGACCGUGCCGUGACCUACACGAAGGAUUUGAUGGAAGCCCGCGGCAUGGAUGCCACCCGACUCUACCGCAUCGACCCGCCAAUGUCGGACAAGUACGCCCUGGACAGCGUGACCGAUUUUGAUGACAUGAUCAACGACGCCCUCGCGUACGUGCGCGCCGAAGGAGCCGAAACCGUGCACCGCCUCUGCCACCAUCUGCUCGCGCUCAUGUUCUACCUCGAAGUGGAGGUCAGCUCGUUCUUGGGCAAGCUCAAGGUGUCUGGGCGGAUUCUGGCUCGCUCGGACAUUCCGCAGCAAACUGUCGAGCGGUUUUCCAAAACACCCUUCACUGCGUCACUCGAAACCGCUGGCGCCUGCUCAACACCGGUGAAGGUGCGCUUGGCAACCGCCAAAGAGCGCACCGCGACACCCCUGUUGUACGGCACAUUCGAAGCGUCCGUGUCUGCUCGUGACAUGCACACUGGCUCGCGUCUUGUCGUCCGUCACCACGCCAAGAUGGUGGGAUGCCUCCACAACUGCCAACACGAAGCGUCUGGCUGGGCGAUUUCUGGCUGCCCCCUUUUGUUGCACGAGGACAUGUAA